UCCUCCCUCCUUCCCUCCCCCACCAACUACCCAACAGAGUCACACGGUCUCCUGUCCGACCAGGGCUUCACUGUGGCGGUUAUCUCGGGAUGCAGACAGCCGGUAAACUCAUGAAGGUGUUCCUGACGAGGCGCAUCCCGCCAGAGGGGAUGAAGAUCCUGUCAACGGCUGGAGUGUGUGAGGUGUCUCUGUGGGACUCGGAUGAACCUGUGCCGAGAGAGGAGCUUCUCAAAGGUGUGCAGGGGGCUCACGGUCUGCUGUGUCUGCUGUCGGACAAGAUCGAUGCUGAGGUCCUGGAUGCUGCAGGGCCCAACCUGAAAGUAAUCAGCACUCUGUCAGUGGGAUUUGACCACUUGGCUCUUGACGAAAUCAAAAAACGCGGUAUACGUGUCGGAUACACUCCAGAUGUCCUGACUGAUGCCACGGCAGAACUGACUGUCGCUCUGCUGCUGGCCACCGCUCGAAGGUUGCCGGAGGGCGUGGAGGAGGUCAAAAAUGGCGGCUGGAGCUCGUGGAAGCCUCUCUGGCUGUGUGGUUAUGGCCUGUCCGGCAGCACGGUGGGAGUCAUUGGACUGGGACGCAUUGGCAUGGCCAUUGCUCGGAGACUCGUGCCCUUUGGAGUGAAGAGGCUGCUGUACUCUGGGAGGACAGCCAAGGCCCACGCUGCUGAGGUGAAUGGAGAGUUUGUUCCCCUGGACACACUUGUGUCUGAGAGCGACUUCAUAGUUGUUUCCUGCUCCCUGACGCCAGAAACCCAGGGGCUUUGUGACAAGGCCUUCUUCAGCAAGAUGAAAAACACAGCCGUCUUUGUCAACUCGAGCAGGGGAGCUGUGGUGAACCAGGAGGAUCUGUACGAGGCUUUGAGCAGUGGGCAGAUAGCUGCAGCUGGACUGGAUGUCACAACACCUGAGCCACUCCCAACAAACCACCCCCUUCUUACACUUAAAAACUGCGUGGUGUUGCCGCACAUCGGCAGUGCCACCUAUUCCACAAGAGGCAUCAUGGCAGCUUUGUCAGCUCAAAACCUGCUGGGAGGUCUACAGGGCACAGACAUGCCCAGUGAACUCACCUACUAGUGCCUGGAAGUGAGCCGCUGUGCCUACAGUACUCUGGUGCUGCAUGGAUAACAGAUAACAACAGUGUAUUGGUCUAGUAAAGGUCUCCAAUGUGAAAGGAUGAGAAGAAUAGUAAGAAUACUAAUGUAGUUCAGACAUGCUCAGAUACAUGUUUACAUCCUAUGAGUGUUAAUUUGAUUGAUGAGCCUGUUAGUUAAUAAUGAAUUGCACUUUUAAUAUAGAAUAAGGAAAUGCUCAGUGCAAGGUUUUGACACUUCGGAGAUGUUUAGAAGUUCUUGAAAAAGAGGCUAAUGAGAAGACUAUCAGCACUCACUGACCUUACUUAUCAAAACACACCAUUCAUGCUAAAGUCUUGAGUGGAAAAUUGCAGUUGAACUGAAAAACCUUAAUGUUUGUGUCAAAUGGAAUAUGUGGUUGGUUAUCUCUCUCGUUCUAAAUAUCAUUUUUGCUAUAAAGGUUAGCAUUAUACUUAUUAUGUCUGCACUUCACUCUGAUGUAAACGCUCCAUGUCUACUGGAACAGAACAGUUCAACACUCCGGUUUUGUGUAAAGAAUAAAAGUUUUGUCUGAAGAAUAAAAGAAACUGUUGGCGUAGUUUAA